AUGGGGCCGCUGCUGUUGCUCUUCGCGACGGGUCUGAUAUCUUGCGUGAUCUGCAUGUACUUCAAGUUCAUUCUCCCGGCCACGGCCACGUUCGGUUCCAUACCGUAUCUCCUGCACGCAACAUGGGCGCUGUUCAUCUCCUUCAACUUGUUCUUCAACUAUUACCACUGCGCCUUCACCCACCCGGGCAAGCCUGAGCUGUUCUUGCCUUCCAGCUGCAUGAGCGAUAGCGACGACGAUCUCACGGAAGACGAUGAGGAAACGGGCGGCAGAUGCCAUGGUAGCGUCGUAGAGAGGACAAGGCCUCUCCUAUCGAUCACGGAGGGGGCGGCGAUCUCAAGGGUCAACGCCGGGGGGGGUAACAGCACCGCCGCUGCCGAUGGGGGCGGGGAAGGGGGACGCAACAGCAGCAACGCAACUGCCAGCAGGGGAAGCAUGCAUGCGGGAGGGGGGGGGAGGGUCCGUGUCCGGUGCGGCUACUGCAAGAAGUGCAAGGGGCCCAAGCCCGCCAGAGCACACCACUGCCACGUCUGCGACCAGUGCAUCGUGAACAUGGACCACCACUGCCCGUGGAUGAACAACUGCGUGGGCUACCUGAACUACCGGUAUUUCGUUCUCUUCCUCAUGUACAUGUUCGUCGGCUGCGUCUACGCGGUCCUUGUCUCAGCCCCUCAGUUCAUGGCCAUGGCAAAGUCUCCUGGGGCCCGGCGAAAGCCGUCGCCUUUGGAGAUGACCCAACACUCUGCCAUCAUGAUGACCUUCGUGCUGGCUCUGUCUGUGGGUGUCGCUAUCUCCGUGUUGUUGGGGUGGCACAUCUACCUUAUCUGUAGCGCGCAAACAACCAUAGAGUUCUACCAGAAUCAAAGCCACCGCUCGAGGGCAAGACAGUGGGGAGAGCUUUGGAGCAACCCAUUCGAUGUGGGGUGCAAGGGUAACUGGCAGCAGGUGUUCGGGCCUCAGCCCUUCUUGCUGUCUCUCCUGCCGAGCAGACGUCCGCCGCCCCCGCCGUUGAUAGACUUUUUCCCGCUGGAGGACGAAGACCAAGACCAACGACAGCGCUUCUCGGAUGAGGGAGAGUGGACGGUGGAUGAACCCAUGAGCGCCGUCGUGUAGUUUAUUGUAUUGCGAUCAGCAUCGCGCCCGGCCAGCUGUUCAGGGCAGAGCAGGUCUGCUGGUGAAGUAUGCAUAGCAGCAGUAUAUCAAGGGGCACGUGUUUUGAGACGUGAGUAUAUCGUGGUUGGGUGUUGACGUUGAUGUUCGCACGAAGUAUUGAACGGUGCCUGUCGAGUUGCUGGAAUUGCCGAACCUGGCUAGGUCGGAUGUGGAUGGGAUAAUCAUAUGAGCCAGCAGCAUGUGUUUGCGGUCUCUGCACUCUGAUGCACACGAUGUGCCUCGGUGUCGCUUGUAACCUCCGUUCAGAUGGGUUAUUUCCGGUACAUUACGGCACCGCUGUAUGCAUAUAUUUUCUGUGCUCAUGUCGGAGAGAGGGUGGUCUAAGCGGUCGCCCAUUUCAUUUUGGAGACUUACUUAAUUCAAAUAUCUGGCGCCCUGGGCGAGCACGACGCCAUGCAAUUACCCGGCAACUUGGGUACCAAGUUACUACAUCGGUGUUUCAGUGUGCUACGUGCUAGAAUAGAAUACGUGUACCGUAACAUGUAUUCGAUGUAACGGCCAGCGGAUGAAUUUCAUCUAGUGAGUGAAGGUUCGAAGCAACACGCUUACGUGAGCCGUGCGUGAUGCAUGCAUCGGAGCAGUUUGAAAGCGCCGAACCAGCUGCACUUCAUCUUAGGUGGUGUGCUGCGAUCGGACUGCUGCUGCUGUUCCUCUUCACCUACCACUUGGAAGAGGAUGCGUGUUGUAGUUUAUUUUGUACAUAAAGCCAUAGCCUUGACGUGGGAUGCUGGAGCCAGUGUUGCGUUUGAUAUACGGUAUCUUUUUAAGCACUACUGCUGUUGUGUGGUAUUUUUUUGUAUGCCUCCCGGGACCUCACGUGUGCGGGGUCUUCGGUGCUUCGCGAGUAAGUUCAAUGUGAACACUGAUCGAUUCACGUAUUCUACUGUACCCUUGUGAUCCGAGGCAUGGUCUGCCUUUCUUUGCAAAAAUCGAAUAGUGGUACACAAGCAGUUGCAAAACAGUGGAGGAAUCAAGCCAAGAGAUCUACGUUGACUCUUUGCCAAUGUU